GGAGAGCGAGGAGUCUUGAGCAACGCGGAGCGUGACCGCGCCGCUGGUCGGCCAGCCAGACCCACUCUGUGACGCUCCUGCCGAGGGUCAAGGAAGAACUGGCAAGCCUGGCGGGGGCUCCGGCACGGACAUGCACAGCGCUCGGCUUGACAGCUUCCUGAGCCAGCUCCGCUGGGAACUGUUGUGUGGCCGGGAUACAGGCUCACCCCCCAUGUCUGGCCCUCUGCAGCCACCUCCCAAAACUGACCCAUGUGUGCAGCCCAGCGGCCAGCUCAGGGUUUCAGAUGCUUUGGAAGAGGACUGCUGUAUGGAGGAGGAAGAGGAAGAGGAAGCCUUGAGAACAGAAAACAGGGGUGCAGCCUUGGGGGAGCCCAGGGAACAUGCUGUAGACUGGGACUCUGGUUUCUCUGAGGUGUCAGGAAGCACGUGGAGAGAGGAAGAGUUCUCUGUACUCCAGCGCCCAGCACCUCCACCAAGGCCCCCUCACAGCCAACGCUUCUCAGUCAGUGGCCUUCCCCUGCCCAGCAAGACACCUGCAGCCAGAGUACCACCUGUCCACCGUCCACGGCCCAAGUCCACUCCAGAUGCCUGCCUGGAGCACUGGCAGGGAUUGGAAGCAGAGGACUGGACAGCAGCUCUGUUGAACAGGGGCCGAAGUCGCCAGCCCUUGGUGCUGGGGGACAACUGUUUUGCUGAUUUAGUUCACAAUUGGAUGGAGCUGCCUGAGGCCUCGGGUGAGGGAGGCGAUGGAGGUGCACCCCGUGCCCGUCCUCGCCCCCCCCAGUUCCUGCUUGGCCUCUCUGAGCAGCUGCGGCGCCGGCUGGCCAGGACUCGGUGGGCAGCUAUGGCAGGAAAGCGGCUGUCAUGCCCACCUCACUCCGAACCUGACCUGCCUUCGGACGUCUCACGUUUUGCAGCUCUCAUGAGCUGCCGAAGCCGCCAACCCAUCAUCUGCAAUGAUGUCAGCUACCUCUGACCCUGCCUUCCAGCCUGGGACAAUAAAGCUCUUUUUCUAGACUGUCUUUCCAUACCCCCCACCCCGAGGCUUCAGGAGGCAACUCCAUCCCUGUGAAGCACAGCCCAGGCAGGCAAACCUAAAGAAUGUCCCCUUUUCAGGGUUUUUGUUUUGCUCAUUUCACACUGCAUUACCACCCUGCUUUUCUAUCAUGCA